GAUAAAAUUCUAUAAUCAAUGUUACUACGAGUACUACCACCAAACACCUAUUCACUAUUCAAUUUCAGUGUUAUGUACUUAUGUUUGCUAAUUUGCUAUGGUUAACUGUGGAUUAAUAGUUAUUACUUAAUACUUGAAAGUUUAAAAAUUUACUAUGGGCCGAAUGCCUGCUCAACUUUUUGUCUGACAACUUUACAUUCUUAAUUUUUUCAGUUAUUUAUUCAUAUUUAUAUUAACCUAUUUUUAAUUCUCUAGUCAUCUAUAUUUUUAUUAAUGAGCCUUGAAUUACCAAGAUGGAACAUAUAAAAACUCCAAAAGACACGCAGUGAGUUGUGUGUAUAAAUCUGUAACACAUGCAGUUGUAUGGCUGAAAAAGACAGGUUCGUGUCACCGGCUGGCUUCCGUCUGUAUCGUUUGUCGUCAGCUCCUGGAUCGUAUUCUCUGUUCUGCCGCUUGAGGUCGUGGCUACAGCGUGAAGCUGCUAUGGCCAAAGUGGCUAGGCAACAGCAACAGGACGGUUCGGUCAUUAAAAAGAUAGAAAAUGUGCGAAUGUUAGACCGAUAUAAUUCCAAAAAAAUAUCUGAUGGUACAUUAUACUUAACAGCUACCCAUUUAAUCUUUUUUGAUGCUGCAAAUAAUAAAGAAUCAUGGGUGCUAUUAAUGCAUAUAGGAAGUGUUGAAAAAUUACCUAUUACUACGAUUGGUUGUCCAAUACUAAUAAGAUGCAAAACAUUCUUAUCAGUCACAUUUGUCAUACCAAAAGAAAGAGAUUCUCAUAAUAUAUUUACGUCAUUGCUCGUUCUUUGCCAACCUGCAAAAAUCGAAGAUGUUUACUGCUUUUUAUACAAAUCAAAUUCUGACAAGAUAUCGAAAAGUGCUGGUUGGGAUAGUUUUAAUCUAGAAAAAGAAUAUAAAAGAAUGAAUGUACCUAAUGAAUCUUGGAGUCUAACUACAUUAAAUCAAGACUAUCAGUUGUGUGAUACUUACCCAAAGUUCCUUUUUGUACCAUCGUCUGUGAGUACAUCCAUUUUAAUCGGCAGUUCAAAGUUUCGUAGCAAAGAACGAUUACCAGUACUUACAUACUUACACAGAAAUAAGGCAUCUAUUUGCCGCUGUGCUCAACCAUUAUCUGGAUUUAAUGCCAGAUGCAUGGAAGAUGAACAACUUCUUACAUGUAUACUAUACACAAAUCCUGGUAGCGAGUACAUGUAUGUUGUUGAUACUAGACCAAAGAUAAAUGCUAUGGCAAAUCGAGCAACAGGGAAAGGUUAUGAAAAUGAAAACUUUUACGAUAAUAUUAAAUUUAAUUUCUUAGGUAUAGAAAAUAUUCAUGUAAUGAGAAAUAGUUUGUCUAAAGUUGUAGAUUUAUGUGAACAACGAAACCUAUCUAUGUCACAAUUUAUUGGAGGAUUAGACAGUAGUGGUUGGUUACGGCAUAUCAAAACUAUUCUUGAUACAUCAGCUUUUAUUUGCCAAGCAGUUAAUAGUGGAAAAUCUGUUGUGGUUCAUUGUUCAGAUGGAUGGGAUCGAACAGCUCAAGUCUGUUCGCUGGCUUCAUUAAUGUUAGAUCCAUAUUAUCGUACACUCCAAGGAUUUCAGGCGCUUAUUGAAAAAGAUUGGUUAGCAUUUGGUCAUAAAUUUAGUGAUCGAUGUGGCCAUAUAGCUGGUGACUCUAAAGAAGUCUCCCCAGUAUUUACUCAAUUUAUAGAAGCAACAUGGCAACUCACUAUGAUCCAACCUACUACAUUUGAAUUCAAUGAAAGAUUUUUAUUAAUUUUACAUGACCAUGUAACAUCGUGUCAGUAUGGAACUUUUAUUGGAAACUCUGAAAAAGAACGUGUUGAUCUCAAACUUAAAGAUCGUACAUUUUCUUUUUGGGGCUAUGUUGAAGAACAUAAAAAAGAAUUUUUAAAUCCUCUGUAUAGUGCUCAAUUAGAUACUAUGAGCCCUGAUUUAUCUCCUCAAAAUAUCAGAUUUUGGCGGGGAAUGUAUUGUCGUUUUGAAAAUGGAGUUCAUCCUCGUGAGCAUGUAUAUGACAUUUUACUAGCGACUAGUGAACAAACAAAAUCUAUUGAUGAUCAUGUAAAAUUCCUACAAAAAAGAUUAUCAUAUUUUAAACGUAAGAUAAGUGAUGGUGCAGACAUGGUCAAAAACAGUUUAUUCUCAAAAGAAAUAUGUAUAGAACCUAUGAGUUAUAACAAAGAAGAUAAUAAUAUUCAAUCUAUGAAUGAUACAUUUGAUAAUUUAACUGUUAUGGAACCAAAACUAGAUGAAGCCCAUAAGGUGGCUAUUGAAUGGAAGAGCUUAAGAGAAGCAGUUUCUUGUGAAUGUUCUACUGAUUCCUCUACAAAAAAAUAUCACUGUUGGAAAUGUGGAAAUGUGUUUUGUACUCGUUGCAUUAAUAUGAAUGUUCCAUUACCUGGUCACCUUAGUCAAGAUCCUGUGCCAGUAUGUCACGGAUGUCAUAAAAUUGUUUCAAGGUCAUCAACAGAAUCUUCAUAAGUUCAUUGUGUUAUUAUUCAAUUAAUUAUUAGUUAAUUUUAAUUAAAAACCAGUUAUAAUAUUUAUUCUUAAAUAUGUAAAUAUAAAUGCUAGAUGGUAUUACCUAUUCCAGUUAUAAAUUAAUUUAUUUAUAUUAUCAACAUAAUAGUCUAAAUUAUCUCAUAGAUCUCUAUUUUUUUAAUAGUACCUAAUUUGUCUUCUUUAUGAAAAAUAAAAACUAUCGCACAAUA